GGACAGCCUUGAGGACCGCUGCUUGUGGCCGGCGGGGUGGGCCAAGGGUUGAGGUGCUCUGUGGGUCGGGAAAAGGGCUAGCAGCCUCCCCUCGCAGCCCCCGUCAGCUGAGAGCCCGCGAGGUUUCAGCAGGAGGUCCGGGAAGACGAGGAAUCUCGCGAGAAGGGAGAUCUGGGCUCAGCCUGUGGCGGGGCUGUUGGGCGCCAGGGGUCGUGCGCUUCGGUGGGCUCUGUCGUUGUACAUCCUCGGCCUUCAAGCUGCAGGCUCUGGUUUUCGUUUGUGCACCAGCGUCUGCCAGAGAAAUGGUCGCUUCCCCCCUAGUCUAGACACGGUGUUUUUCUACAACAAGAAAAGCAACCAAUAUAGUGGGUUUCCCUGUGUAACUCCAGAAGUAACUGACUAAAUUUAAGUAGAUUUAAAGAUGAAUUAGCCCAAACAUGGUAGUACAUGCCUAUAAUCCCAGUGCUCAGAAGUCUGACGCAGGAGCACUGUGAGAUCAAGGCCACCUUGUCCUAUAAGCUUUAAAUGGCAAUAGUAAAAAUCAUCUUACAAGCAUUGAAGUAAGUCUUAUUAAAGGAACAUUGUGCAACAUGGAUUCUCUAACAGAAGAAUUUUUUGUGAGUAGAGAUCUUGCUGUGGAAGAGCAGACCAAGGAGGAAACUGAGAAUAAGGUAGAAAAAUCGACCAGUGAACUGGAUAAACCGAAAAAUGAUAUACCUACUGAUAUUGUUCCUGUUAACCUCCUAUUAGAAGUAAAGAAGUUAUUAAAUGGAAUUAAUAAUCUACCUAAAGGUGUGGUUCCUCACAUUAAGAAGUUCUUAGAAGAAGAUUUUUCCUUCCAGACUAUGCAGAGAGAAGCUGCAGAUAAUAGCCAGAAUGAGGAAGAAAUUGUUCCUGCUUUAACUUUACAUUUUUUGAUAACACAACUGGAAACAGCACUUAGGAACAUUCAAGCUACUAGUUAUACCGCACACCAAAUUAAUAUUGGUUACUAUUUGACAUUACUGUUUUUAUAUGGAGUAGCACUCACUGAAAGAGGAAGGAAAGAGGAUUGUAUAGAAGCAGAAAAUAAAUUUCUGGUGAUGAAGAUGGUGAUCCAAGAAAAUGAAAUUUGUGAAAACUUUAUGUCUUUAGUUUAUUUUGGACGUGGUUUACUUCGAUGUGCUCAGAAGAGAUAUAAUGGAGGACUGCUAGAAUUUCAUAAAAGCUUACAAGAAAUAGGAGAUACAAGUGAUUGUUGGUUUGACAUAGAUCCUACAGAUGAUGAAGAUUUACCUACAACUUUCAAAGAUCUUCUCAAUGAUUUUAUCAAAACAACUGAAAGUAACAUAAUGAAAGAAACCAUUUGUAGUUAUCUAGAUUGUGAGCGAUCUUGUGAAGCUGACAUUUUAAAGAACACCAACUAUAAGGGAUUUUUUCAGUUAAUGUGCAGUAAAAGUUGCUGUGUUUACUUCCAUAAAAUUUGUUGGAAAAAGUUCAAGAAUUUAAAAUACCCAGGUGAAAGUGAUCAGAGUUUUAGUGGGAAGAAAUGUUUGAAGGAAGGAUGUGCAGGUGACAUGGUCCGAAUGCUGCAGUGUGAUGUAUCUGGAAUCGUCAAAAUUUUGUUUGAAGUGGUAAGAAAGGACGAAUAUAUAACCAUUGAAAAUUUAGGAGCAAGUUAUAAGAAGUUGAUGUCUUUGAAAUUAACUGAUACUGAUAUAAGACCGAAGUUCAGUUUAAAACUUAACACAAAAGAUGAAAUGCCUAUCUUCAAACUUGAUUAUAAUUAUUUUUAUCAUCUGCUGCAUAUAAUUAUUAUUUCUGGUACUGACAUUGUCCGGCAAAUAUUUGAUGAGGCUAUGCCACCCACCCUUUUGAAAAAAGAGCUGCUUAUACACAAGAGUGUCCUAGAAUCCUACUACAACCAUCUUUGGACCAAUCACCCUUUGGGUGGAUCAUGGCACCUGCUUUAUCCCCCAAACAAGGAACUACCACAAUCCAAACAGUUUGAUUUAUGCCUUUUACUAGCUCUCAUUAAGCAUUUGAAUGUAUUCCCGGCACCCAGAAAAGGCUGGAAUAUGGAACCACCAUCUUCUGAUCUCUCUAAGUCUGCAGACAUCCUGAGGCUGUGCAAAUACAGGGAUAUCCUCCUUAGUGAGAUUUUGAUGAAUGGUCUCACUGAGUCACAAUUCAAUUCAACCUGGAAAAAAGUUUCAGAUAUUCUUCUGCGCCUUGGAAUGAAACAAGAGGAUAUUGACAAAGUCAAGGAGAACCCUAUUGAGAAUAUCUCCCUUGAUUACCAUCAGCUGUCCAUCUACCUAGGCAUACCAGUACCAGAAAUCAUCCAGAGGAUGUUAUCCUGCUAUCAACAAGGAAUUGCUCUACAGUCAAUAACAGGCAGUCAGCGUGUUGAAAUAGAAGAGUCACAGAAUGAGGAAGAAGAACUGAGUCCACCUCUUAUGGAAUACAAUAUAAAUGUGAAAUCAAAUACUGAAAUACAGUUAGCAGAUGUGAAUAAAGAUGGAGCCUCGAUACCCAGUGAAUCUUCAACAGAAUCUAUUAAAGAUCUCCAAGAGGGUAAGAGUAAAACAAAGAAAAAGAAAAAAACUAAGAAUAAAAAGACUAAUGACCCAAGAGAAGAACAAGACUCAUAUAUGGUAGAAAAGGAAGACCAGUUAAAGACAGAACAAGAUCUACAUGCAGUGAGCACGUAUGUGAAAAAUGAUCCGAGUGAUGUUCAGGAGGAUUCUGCAGCUGAGGACAAGUUCUACAGCCUGGAUGAACUACAUAUUCUGGACAUGAUAGAGCAGGGCUCAUCUGGAAAGGUAACUACAGACUACAGAGAAACGGAAAAAGAAAGAGAGGCUCAUCAGCAUCAACUCUAUAAAUUGCACUAUCAGUGUGAAGAUUACAAAAGGCAAUUGAAAACAGUGACAUUUCGAUGGCAAGAAAAUCAAAUGCAGAUUAAAAAGAAAGACAAAAUCAUCACAUCUCUUAACCAACAAGUGGCUUUUGGAAUCAAUAAAGCAUCCAAAUUACAGCGUCAAAUCCAUGCUAAAGAUGAUGAAAUCAAGAACCUUACAGAUCAACUUUCCAUAAAAAGAUCUCAAUGGGAAAUGGAGAAGCAUAAUCUGGAAAGCACAAUUAAAGCUUAUUUGAACAAACUGAAUGCAGAAACUAGCAGAGCCUUAACAGCUGAGGUAUAUUUCUUACAGUGUCGUAGAGAUUUUGGUUUGCUGCAUCUUGAGCAGACUGAAAAGGAGUGCCUCAACCAGCUUGCCAGGGUGACUCACAUGGCAGCAAGCAACCUAGAAUCACUUCAAUUAAAAGCUGCUGUAGAUAGUUGGAAUGCCAUUGUGGCGGAUGUUAGAAACAAGAUUGCAUUCCUCAGGACACAAUACAAUGAACAAAUCAAUAAAGUGAGGCAAGGAUUUGCCUUGAGUACCUUGCCUCCAGUCCAGCUUCCCCCACCACCACCGAGUCCUGAGAUACUGAUACAACAGUUCCUAGGAAGACCCCUUAUGAAGGAAUCUUUCUUUAGACCCAUACUUACUGUUCCCCAAAUGCCUACAGUUUGCCCUGGAGUCAUCUCUGCAGCUGCACAACCUAGACCUCCCCUGAUGACUGGUAUAGCCUGGACUAUGCCAACACCUGUAGGAGAGGCUGUGCAACCCAGUGCAGGUCUGGGCAUUGAUCCUUCCAUGAUGAACCUGGAGAGGAUUGCAGACAGACUGAAAACUGCUUUUCCACAACAGACAAGAAAGGAGCUUACAGACUUUUUACAACAAGUAAAGGAUUCUCAUGGGAAGUCCUUAUCGGGACUGACAUUUGAUGAAAUUGUUUACAAGAUUUCCCAACUGAUUGAUUCCAAGAAACCUCAGAGUCAAGAAAAACCUGUGCCAAAUGAUAAUUGUGCCUCACCCAACCACUCUUCAUCACAGCCUAAUGCUCCCCAGACCCCCAAGCCAGCUUGGAGGCCCCACAGUUCUCAAGAUUCUUCCACAUGGGAAGGAACCAAUAAUCUGGAUAAAGAAGAAGAAGAAGAGGAACCUUGUGUGAUCUGUCAUGAGAAUCUGUCUCCAGAAAACCUUUCAGUUUUGCCUUGUGCUCACAAAUUCCACUCUCAGUGCAUUAGACCAUGGUUGAUGCAACAGGGGACAUGCCCCACCUGCAGACUCCAUGUUUUGCUACCAGAAGAAUUCCCUGACCACCCCAACCGGCAGUUGCCCAAGAUCUGAUACGAGGCAGGUAGCUAUACAUAAGAUCAGUUAUCAGACAAUGGAAUUUAGUUCUGCUUUUUAUUAUGAGCUGAUUGUAUGAGUGGUGUGAAGCAGUAAUGCUCUUUGGUAUUAUGCUAAAUAGGCUAGGUAAUCACACCCAAGUUGCAGUCAAAGAGAUCAGGGAAAUCCUCAGGAUACGUAACCUAGAAGGGGCUUAAAGAAGUUGUAAUAGUUACAUUAUGUUUGCUCUUACUAAGUUUUUUCUUCUAUAAGCAUGAGAACUGUAGACAUAAUGCCUUCCUAGUAUAUUUCUAAGAAUGUCCUAGGUUUCUUUCCUUUUUCUUCUACUUGUUCUUUACUUUCUCCCAAAUGUGCUACAUUUUCAUUUCCUAAUUAAAUUUAGGAGGAAAAGUGGAAAAAUACCACAGAUUUUAGUUUUCCUUUUAACUUUUAAAACUAGUUAUUAAAAUGUAAUUAUUAUAAGAUAUAUUUCUAUCUCUCUUAUUCUUUUCUGUCCUCUAAAACAAAUACCCAUGAUGAGAUUAUAGGCUACUUGAUGUUAAAAACCAUGCAAUGACCUAUCAUAGCUUAUGAGAAAUGAUUGCUCAGUUUCAAGGUAUUGUAUAAAACAAUUUGUCAAAUUGUUGAUGUCUUGAAAUCUGCCAUAGUGAGAGACUUUAUACCAUAGAAACUGGUAAAUGCUAUAAAAGUAAAGAUUUAUCUUUCCCUCAAGAGUUAGUUCUUAAACAUUUACCAGCAUACCACAAGACAUAUUCCCAAUGUUUUCUUUGAGACAGUGUCUCCCUGUAGCCCCAGCUGGCCUGGAACUUACUAUGUAGACCUAGAUGGUCUGGAUCUCACAGAGAUUUACCUGCCUCUGCUUCCCAAGGGCUGGGAUUAAAGGCCUGAGCCACCACAUCUAACAUGUCCCCAAUGUUUUGCAUAAUAAAUGCAGAAAAAACUUAGAAUCAGAAAUCAGGAGGUAGUAGAAAAGGCAGAUAUGCAAAUUAAGUCACUUGCUAAGAUGAAUAAUUGAGAACUUAUAUUCCUUUGUAAACAUAUUCUUUGGCCCUUUGCAUUUUGGAGAGAUAUUUUUCUGCCUUAAAGAUGUCUACUUUCAUGUAACUAUUCUGGGGAAGAGGUGAAGCCAUUUAUAUAAAUUUGUUUCUUGUGACAAAUUUGAAGUCCACUAGGCAAAAUUGCAUAUCUAAACAUUGUCACUGAAAGCUUCAGUUC